AUGAUACGUCUGGGAGAUACCGCGAAGGCCACACGUUCAAUUCGAAGUGAAACAAGUAUGGAAGACAUAACUAUAACCCCCGGAUCCAGCUUUUCAUCCACCGGUUCGAUUACAAGUGCUCCGUCGAGUGUUGGCGAUGACUCAGAAUACUUGCAGCAGACUGCAAAGGCCACCAAAGAGACGAACAUCCAUAACAAUCGCGAUAGCGCAACGCGUCACUUAACUCCAGAGGAGACGAUUGAAUUAACCCAACAAGCGGUGGAAAAUGGUAUCCAGGACACGAAACGUUCGCUGGCCGGUAGUGAGGCAGUAAGUGAUGUGGUUCGGCCAAAAUUAACAAUCGAUCUCGGUCAUUCGCAUAUUGCUCAAAUCCCCGAGGGGGUUGUGGAUAUAAUCAAAGACGAAGUAGAAAGGCUUUCGUUGUCAAAUAACCACCUUCUUCAUAUACCCUACCGCUUUUCCGAAUGCGCCCACCUACGUUAUCUUAACAUUCGCGCGAAUAACUUCCGCGAAUUUCCAAAAGGAAUUUAUAGGCUUCCUCUGCUCGAGAUUCUAGAUCUCAGCAGGAACAAAAUCAGCCGGAUUCCUGAUGAAGUACGAAAAUUAACCUCAUUACGCGUCUUUUCCAUUAUGCAAAAUCGACUAGACGAUUUGCCAGCUGGACUCGCGGAUAUGAAUAAAUUACAGAUUCUUAAGGUGUCUGGUAAUUUUCUGAAAUAUCCUUUGAGGAGGAUACUUGAGAACAAAGAAAGUGAGGUAUCUUCACUAUCUAUGUCAACGAACGAGAAAGAAGCCAUUGUUACUGCAGAAUUGAAGCGCAUUUUAAAAACUCGACGACAAAGCGCAACGCCAGAGCCUGAAAGUGGCAGCGAUGUCAGCGAGACAAUAGUAGAUACGCCAAAACCAGUUAAACGUGGAAUCAACAGUCGGUUUCCUGUGAUCCCUAGCACUGGGGACGGUUCAUCAGAUCUGCGAUCACCCAGUUUGUCGAGGCCACCUCCUAUUCCUAUGAAGUCGCAUCAACGUCUAGCUUCUGGUCAAGGCUUAGGUUUCCCAAGACCUGGGAUCGCGCCAUUCGCCAAUGGAUCCAAUGAGCGUAAUCGCAGUAAUAGCGAAGGAAUUAUUCCUCAAUCGGCACGGAACAAACGAAUGGGCUUGAUAUCGCGAAAGACUGAUCUUGGUACGCUCAAUGAGAUGCGACCGUAUCGCAAUAGUCACUUGCGAGGGCUCAGCCAUGGCUCCCUCCUUAGGACUAACUCUACCAGUGGACGCAAUGGUAGCAAUUCCUCCAGCCCAGGAAGUCCACGUGGAGGGCGCAGGCGAGCUCGAGAUGGAGCUUCUCGUCGCAUGUCAAGUCUACCAGAGAAUAAGGAAGAGACAAUGCGAGCGCCUAUAGUGAAGGGUGCAAAGGGAAUUCUAUUUUCCUUAUUUCAGAUUCACUCUCAUAUUUCUACCUUGAUCAAUGUUAUCAAAGGAGAUGAUGCGCGACGACAUAGUCUAGAAAUUGUGUUCUACAAUGCGUCAACGCACGUAGAACAACUGAACGAAGCUUUGGAAAGCAUCAUGAGCAUAGAUCCUGACGACCGGGAUUUUGCAAGACUUUCAAGUGAUGUCAAACGAGAAUGCGUGACUUGUCUUAUGGCAUACACACAUGUCGGUUCACAGUUACGUCAAGGCACGGAAAGGAUUGUUGCCCAAGGCGACUCGCGGUACGUUCGAUCGCUUAUGUUGACGGUAUAUGGUAGCCUCUUAGAGCUACGUAAUGCGUGCAUAAGUCUCGGGUCAUCACUUGUUCCUCGCAAAAAGAGCCUGCCAAUGGGAGGCGAUACCUUGUCUCAAUCUGGGGUUGAAAAACACGACCCUUCUUUGGAUCGCAUACCGACCAAAGUGGUGACUCCGAGAGAAAACACCUAUUCGACGCGUCGACUGCGAAGCGAUACUAUGAUCCAGCAUCCUCCAAACGGCCCAAGCAAUCCGGCCUUUUCGUCCUCUACUAUUCUCUCACCGGGUAUAUCAACACCGAAUUCAGCAACUCUUAGCUAUGGGAAUCGAAGUCGAUCAAACAGCCGGACUACCACGUUGCUGAAUAGUACGGGGCUGUCAUCACUUGCAACGCCUCGUUCAGGCGAAUCAUUCUCACCCGUUCCCCCGCCAUCUGUGAGUCGAAUCAACCCGGUGACUGGGCUAGAUGAGGUUCUAGAAGAGCAGAUCUUUGAAAGGAUAUUCAAACAACUCACAGCAACAUACAACGCUGCUCUUCACGCCCUUCCAUCUGCUAGGAUUCAGUUUACUCGAUGCCUUGAAGCUGCGGAAGAGACUAGAGAACCCGAAGAAAUUCGUAUUAUCUGGAAUGACCUCAUCCGUCGAUGCAAUGCUUGCUACGAAACUUCCGAGGCGUUGGGUAAAAGACUCUUGACGAUGAAGCUCAAAGAGCCAGGGGUUGGGAUGAGAAACCAAAGAGAAUUCUGGCAAUUAUGCAAGGUUUUCAUGCAGUCUUUUGUUGACUUGGUAACGGGCAUGCGGGAAGUAAGGAACAUGCAACUUUUGCCCCCCGACAUUGUGACAAUUCUACGGCCUGUACAAAAAGCUAGUCGAGAGGCCGGUCGGCUGAUCGAAGCAUCUCCUUGGUCUUAUCUUGCGGAUAUGAGCUCGGUCCCCCCAACUGCUGUAUACGGGCCGCCACUGCAAAGUCAACACCAUGCAUCUUCAUCGGCGUCCUACCUGAGCCAUAGCGGUCGACACUUUAGCACUUCUCCACAAUCAUCCACUCUACCUGCUACUCCCUUAAGCGCCGCAUUAGGACCUGCCGUUCAGGCGACUAUACCAUCAACUCCAGCCAGUACUUAUAGUGACCGGUUCUUUACGGGUGAUGUUUUCCAGCGGGCCGACACACUUUUAUCCAUGCAAAACCAGACUCCUUAUCUUUACCGCCGAUGA